AUGGCAGAUCAAGAAAGUGUCCGAUCUUCCGUCCUCCAAGUAAAGGACGUGAACUUUCUCCACAGCAUGAAGCCUCGACCCGACAUCCCGCUCAUCCAACAUAACUUAUGCGAGGACAUAACUGAGGAGCUCAAGAGCAAGUUAAACAGCCUGUAUCACGAGACACCCACGGUUUUCCCUUCCAUUGACACGUCCACGCUGGUCUCUUAUCGCUGCCAAACUUUCCCCCUCCUAUACUGUGUGGAGAUAACAUCGAGUACUCCAAUCACACGCUCCGUUCAAGAGACUGGGAAGUGGCUGUGGAAUGUCACCACUACAAUCCGCAAGAACGUUAUCAACUGUGUCGGCUACGUUGACAAGAAAACGCCUGGUCCUUUCGACAUGACUAGCGUGUCAUCUCGACGCGGAGGUCUACAACUGCUUAAUACUGUGAGCGUCUUCCGUCGAUUCGAUGAGGGAGACCAGGUUGUACUAGUUGGAACCGCAAAGUGGUAUCUUCCCAGUGCCGGUCUCGUGUUGCAAGAUUACAACUGGACCGUCAUCUCGCCAUCAACAAAUCCUGACUACGAUUGUGUGGCUCGAAACUACUACAAGGUGGAAGCAACUCGCGUCUCACCAGCCAAAACCGAAGCACAAAAGACGAUACUCGACUUGGUCGGUAACCGGAUGCGAAUCAUCACUCAGUCCAUGCAAGACACUUCCCUUAGUCUUGAUGAGCGUAUAUCUGCUGAGAAAAGUAGUGCGUAG